GCCGAAAACUGAAGAACAAGUCGAUUGCGAGACAACAACAGACCACACAAUCAUUGGGCGCCGAUUCGGCCACUAAUGGCGCCAAUUGUGGCACAAAUCGAGCCAUUCUUUCCCGACAGACAAAGACCGGCAAAACACCGAAUCACGAGUACUGCGACUCGUGUCGUGAGGGCGGAGACCUCUUGUGCUGCGAUCGCUGUCCAAACGCUUUCCAUCUCCAGUGCCAUGAUCCGCCGCUCGACGAGGAGGACGUGCCUCAGGGCGAGUGGUUGUGCCGGAAGUGUAAACAACUGGUGAAAGAAGUGGACGAAUCGGACGACGAGAGCGGCGACGAAGAGGCAGAGGAAGCGAUGGAUGAGAGCAAAGACAUCCAAAGGCCGUUCUCGUUGCUGGUGAGAGCGGCCCAAUCGUUGAACCCGAAGCAGUUCCAACUGCCCAACGAUAUGA